AUGAACGUCGUGUCCGAUUCAGCCUUUCCUUGCUCUACGGAGCUGACAGGUCGUAUUUUGACACCGCUCAAGGACGGCGAUAUAGAUCAGUGGGACAUGGGAAGCAUGCAGCAGCCGCCUCAAUCUCCCGCUCCAUACAACCCUGAGCUCCGCGGUCUGCGUAUCGACAAUAUCUUUCGCAUGUCCAAUUACCGCGUGCGCACCGUCGUGAUAUCGUAG